AUGCCCCUCAAGCUCAGAUACAUCCGUAUGGAGAAGGACGACCUUGCUUGGGAAAAUAGUGACAAAGACGUCGACAAUUGGGAGAGGUCACUACACAAUGCGGAAACGUACCGUGCAGUUGCCCACCUGAUCACGAGAUAUCGGCCUGGAGUACCGAUGGAGCUCCACCGACCGAUUCAAGGCGGAUACAACAUUGCUUUUCGGUUGCAGUACAAGGACGGCUCAUCGGCAUUGAUGAGAAUCCCCCGCAAAGGCAUUGUCAAGUUCCCGGAGGAAAAGGUCAGCUACGAAGUGGCUACUAUGCGUUACGUAGCUGCGAACACGACGAUUCCGGUGCCGCGCAUAUAUCACCACGGAACCGGUGCAGAAAACCCCACUGGUCUUGGUCCUUUUAUCAUUAUGGACUAUAUAGAUCAUGAAAGAACUCUAUCUGACGCUUUAAACGAUCCACUUCUUCCACCAAACGAACCCCAUACCUUGAACGCCAAUAUCAGCGAAUCUGAACUUAGGCUCCUCUACGGGCAGAUGGCCAACAUUCUACUACAGCUAUCUACACUAUCAUUUCCACAAAUUGGCUCACUAGUCCAGGGCAGCCAUGGCCUAACCUCAGCGUCUGGCCGGCCCCUCAUCCAAAACAUGAACUCUCUGGUCGAGUUUGCUGGUGUCCCACCAGAACUCCUUCCCUCGCAGCCCUACACUACAUCCAAGCAAUGGUACUCGGCACUGGCCGAUAUGCAUAUGUUACAAGCGGCUCUGCAGCGCAAUGAUGCCAUCUUGGACGAGGACGAUGCGCGCGACAAAUUUGUCUCCCGUCGGCUGUUUCAACGGCUAGCAAUGAGCGGCCAGUUUGACACUGGCGAUGGCCAUGAAGACGACGCUGGAUUUCGAUUGUACUCUGAGGACUUGCGCCCGUCCAACGUUUUGAUCGAUGAAAACCUUCGAGUGGUCGCUGUUGUAGACUGGGAAUUUGCUUACGCUGCGCCGGCGCAAUUUUCUUUGGAUCCGCCGUGGUGGCUGUUACUGAAAAGCCCAGAAUAUUGGCCUGGGGGCUAUGCAUCAUGGAUGGAAGCGUACGAGCCCCGACUGAAUACAUUUCUGAGCGUUUUGGAGGAUGAGGAGAAAAAGAAUACCGGUGGUUCGAUAUCCGCCUGCCCCAGCCUCGUCCCGUUAUCGCAGCAGAUGCGGAGGAGAUGGGACGAUCAGUCUUGGUUGAUCAAUUAUGCAGCUAGAAACAGCUGGGCAUUCGACUUUAUAUUCUGGAGGUUCAUUGACCCUAGCAGCUACGGACACAAUGAGUUGGGUGACCACCGCGCCAGACUUGAUAUGUUGAGCGAGCGCGAGGUGGCUACCAUGGAGGGGUUUGUCAAGUUGAAGAUGCGAGAACUUGAGAGUAGAGCAUUAGUUUUACCGGAGAAGCGGGACGAUGCCGCAGUGGCAAUGGCAUCCAAACUCAUAGACUAA